GUAGCCUGUUGUGUAGUCGAUCACUCCCCACCACACACCCUUAAGUGCUCCUAUAAAUACUCCUAUAUAUACACCCUUCCCUUAUGCCAGUGCAUAAAUAUACACACACACACAGGCGCAGACCCAUAUAUAUAUAUGUCCAUGGCUGCCUCUUAUAAACCAGCUGCUGCUUUCGUUGCUUGUCUUCUCAUAUCUCUUCUUCUUCUCCACACAGCGGAAGCUGAUGAUGACGAGGUGACCACCUCAUAUCCACAAGGCCCUCCUACUACUCCAGCCAAAAUUGAUUGUGGCAGCGCGUGUACCGCCAGGUGCCGGUUAGCGUCGAGGCAACGGUUGUGCAAGAGAGCUUGUGGGACAUGUUGUGCGCGUUGCAACUGUGUGCCUCCAGGGACUUCCGGUCACCAAGAGGAGUGUCCUUGCUACGCUAGCUUGACUACUCACGGUGGCCGACGCAAGUGCCCUUGAACUUCAGCUACACAUCAACAUCUGUCCUCAUCACUAUAUAUAUAUAUGUAUAAUAUAUGUGUGUGUGUGUGUGUUAAGAUCAGCUUACGUAAAUGAGGGUAGUCAUGAAUAAAAUGAGUUGAGUGCCAUCUGUCAAGACGAGGUUAUGGUCGUUGAUUUGGAGUCUGGAUAUUUGUGCUAUACAUACGGGUUACUAUGAAUGAAGAGUACUAUGUAUACAUAUAUAUA